CCCCGGGAGCGGUCUGGGAGCUCGCCAGCGGGUCCGGCUGGGCGGGCGGCCUCCGUCGGUGUGCGCGGCUCGGGGAGGUCUUGCCCGGGCUCCGGUGCAGCGAGCUCCGCGGGAAAGUGUGGGCACGGCGGUGGCUUCCGAGGGUUGCGCCGCGCCUUCCUGCCCCGAGGGCGGCCGGCUGCCGGGCGCGGGAUCCGCUAACGCAGUUCCGCGCGGGGCCGGCUGUCGCGUUUGCCCUGUCCCUGUUGUCGUCCCGCUCUGCGCAAGGUCCUGCCGUCCCCGCCGAGGCUCGGGCGCCCUCCCGGGCGCGGGGGUGGCCGGUGCCCGCUGAGCUGCUGCCGGAGGAGCUGCUGCUUUUCCUCCCUGGCCGCCUCUGUAACAUUCCUCCUGUCCUGGGGGACUUGACAGACCUGCUGUAUUGAUUAUGUCCGUUUGCUUUUCCUUCACACUAUUUCCUGCUCUGGUUUUUUCAUUUCCGUCUCUUCUCCUAGAUACUUGAGCAAUUUCGGUUGAAUAGAGUACUAUUCAUUUCCGUUUGUGAGCUAAUCAGCCUUUCUGGGCACAGUUAAACAGAUGUGGCACUGCAGCUGUGAGUAAGGUGACUGCUACCUGCAGUUCAGAAGCUGAUGGGUAAAGCUCUGUAUGAUCGUUGUGGAGGAAUAUCUGUUGCAUUUAGUCAGCUGUGGUGCAGUUAUUGGUCUUUAAAUUCCUUUAAAUAGGAUCUACUGUCUGUAUUUACAUUUGCAUCUUGGGCCCGUGGCACUGAACAGGAGGAGACGGAGCUGCAGGACGGCUGGUUUGCAGGCUUUCUCGGCCUGCAGAGUGGCAGCAAUUCCAGAAGUUCAACUGACUUCUCGGGCGUGCGCUGCUCAGACAGGAGAGCGUUGUCUGCCUGUGUGUUGCGGCAUGGGCACGUGUGGCUUUUCCUUUUAUUUCCAAGCCUGUUCGGUGUGCUGAAAAAGCAGUUUGCAUUAUAGAACAUCAUGAGUAGCGCAAGCUUUUUUCCCAAGCUUCUCCUAACCCUUACUCUGUUGUGCAGAUCUGAGGUCAGGUGCGCUUCUCUGUGUUCUAGAUGGCAGGAGGGCGCUGACUCAUUCCCAGGUGAAGAAGUCUGGAGAUGUCUAGGAUGCGGGGACAGUAUUGCUGCUGGUCAGCGCCUCUACAAGACUGUAAAUGAAGCUUGGCAUAUUUCCUGUUUCCGAUGCUCUGAAUGUCAGGACCCCCUCACUAACUGGUACUAUGAGAAAGAUGGGAAGCUGUACUGUCACAAAGACUACUGGGGGAAGUUUGGGGAAUCCUGCCAUGGCUGCUCUCUGCUGAUGACUGGACCUGUGAUGGUGGCUGGCGAAUACAAGUAUCACCCUGAGUGCUUUGCUUGUAUGAGCUGCAAAGUGAUCAUUGAAGAUGGGGACACUUACGCACUCGUGCAACAUUCCACGCUUUACUGUGGAAAAUGCCAUAACCAGAUUGUGCUGACACCGAUGAUAGAAAAACACUCCACUGAGUCUCUGCGUGAGCAGCUGCCUUAUACGCUGACCCUCAUCUCCAUGCCGGCAGCUACUGAUGGCAAGCGGGGGUUCUCUGUGUCUGUUGAAGGCGGCUGCUCCAGCUAUGCCACUGGUGUCCAGGUGAAAGAAGUUAACAGGAUGCACAUCAGUCCAGAUGUCCGAAACGCCAUCCACCCUGCAGAUCGUAUCCUGGAGAUUAAUGGAGCUCCUAUUCGUACAUUACAGGUGGAGGAGGUGGAGGACUUGAUUCGCAAGACAAGCCAGACGCUUCAGCUGCUGAUAGAGCACGACCCUGUCUCACAGCGCUUAGACAGGCUUCGUUUGGACUCCCGUCUUCCCACCCACAUAAAGCCGCCCAUUUCCCCACGCUCACUCUCUCCACUGGACAUCAAGGAGAAUCUGGAAGGAACACUCCGACGGCGUUCCCUCAGGCGCAGUAACAGCAUUUCUAAGUCUCCCGGCCCCAGUUCUCCAAAGGAACCGCUCCUUCUGACCCGUGACAUCAGUCGUUCUGAAUCCCUACGUUCCUCUUCUAGCUGCUCCCAGCAAAUCUUCCGGCCCUGUGACCUGAUUCAUGGCGAAGUACUAGGAAAAGGAUUUUUUGGACAAGCAAUCAAGGUGACUCACAAAGCAACAGGAAAGGUGAUGGUGAUGAAGGAGCUGAUUCGCUGUGAUGAGGAAACACAGAAGACUUUCUUGACAGAGGUGAAAGUGAUGCGCAGCCUGGAUCACCCCAAUGUGCUGAAGUUCAUUGGUGUACUGUACAAGGACAAGAAGUUGAAUCUCCUCACUGAGUACAUUGAGGGGGGCACCCUGAAGGAUUUCCUCCGCAAUGCGGAUCCAUUUCCCUGGCAGCAGAAGGUCAGCUUUGCCAAAGGAAUUGCCUCUGGAAUGGCUUACUUGCACUCCAUGUGCAUCAUUCACAGAGACCUGAAUUCACACAAUUGCCUAAUCAAGUUGGAUAAGACGGUGGUGGUGGCUGACUUCGGUCUGUCUCGGCUGAUUGUGGAGGAAAGAAAAAAGCCCACUUUGGAGAAGCCAUCUGCCAAGAAACGAACCCUACGCAAGAGUGACAGGAAGAAGCGCUACACUGUGGUUGGCAACCCAUACUGGAUGGCCCCAGAGAUGCUAAAUGGACAGAGCUACGAUGAGACAGUGGACAUUUUUUCAUUUGGGAUUGUUCUCUGUGAGAUCAUAGGCCAGGUUUAUGCUGACCCGGACUGCCUCCCACGCACACUGGAUUUUGGCCUUAAUGUCAAGCUGUUCUGGGAGAAGUUUGUUCCUGCUGACUGUCCUCCAGCCUUCUUCCCUCUGGCUGCCAUUUGUUGCAGACUGGAACCAGAGAGCAGGCCCCCUUUUUCCAAGCUGGAAGAUUCCUUUGAAGCGCUCUCUCUCUACCUGGGAGAACUUGCCAUCCCCCUUCCAUCUGAGCUGGAGGAGCUGGACCACAACGUGAGUGUGCAGUAUGGACUGAACCGUGACAAACUACCUGAAAACACAACCUAGUCAGCUUGUCCUGCUGCCUGCCCCACUUCCAUUGGAGUUGAGAUGAGUGACAGGGAGGGAGAUGCACUUCAGCCACUUCCAGGGCAUUAAUGGGGCACCACGGUGUGCGUUUGCUGCAUUGCUUCUCUCUCCCCACCCAACACCUCUCCUUGUGGACAUCCUGAUUCACUGUGGAUUUCUGGCAUGUUUCAGAAGCAAAAAGGGCUGUUUCCUGCCAACUGCACCUAGGAAAGCUGCUCAACACUAUUUUUCUGGCUUGAGAAAUGUUUCUCUGGCCUUUUCAGGCUUCUUUACUGUGGUGCCUUAGAACUUGGCUGCAAGCUGUGAAGCCACCCUGGCCCAUCUGCCGGGGAGGGAAUUGGUAUAGGAUACUCUCCUGGGCAAGGACCAGCACUUCUGGAGCUGCUUCUCCCACUGACUGCCCUGCUCAGAAAGCUGGGGAAACUGGACAUCCAGCAAAAGGCCCCACCAGGACAGCGUGCGUGUGUAUGUUUGCAUGUGUUUUCCAAAACAACCCACUGAGAUUUUGGCCUCCAGUGUGCAUCAGGGGAGGGAGUGAAAAGCCCCAGGAAUGAGCAGCUCUACUGAAAUACCUUGUCUGUGGAGAAGUGUGUAUGAAUUUUUGUUUUGGUUUGGUUUUGUGGGUUUUUCCUCCUCCGUCUCCGAAUACCUCCAAAAGCCUGGCUAGAAACACUAAGACUGAGCUCUGCUUGCCCCUCCUGAUGGUGAACAAGGCAGGCAGCGAUUGAGCCGCUUGAGCAUCUUCAGACCCAGAGCCUGCACAGUGAGUUUGUCUGCCCAAGAACCUUAACCUAGGUGAGAGUAUUUGAACCUGACUCUGUAGAACUGCACUAGGCGCUAGCGGCAGACAUCCCUGGAGUGCUGAAGCUGCUUGAGCUCUUGGCCUGUGGAUGUGAGGUGGUAGAAGGGGUGGCAGAAAGUGCUCUUCAGAAAGCCAAAAGUCUGAAGUGGCUCAGACUCCGUACAUGGACAAUAGCAAAGGCUACUUAAAGGAUGGACUUGUCAUGAACAGAAAAGUGCUGGAGAAUGUCCCAUCCUCCCAGGAGUGGCAGCUGCAGAACUAGUAUUUCAGUUGCCAUUACCUCAUCCUUUCCUGCAGGCUGUGCAAGUUGCUCCCUUUGAAGGUCCUUGCUGCUGCAGCACCUGAGCUGAUUCUCCAAGCAGAAACUUUCCUCAGGGUCAUUCCCUGCUUUUGGGGAAAAAAAAAGGGGCUUGGAGUCAUUGGGAGGUGGGUAGGGGUGUAUUUUCUUCCAGCACUUCUCUUCUUCCUCCCUCAGUGGGAGAAGGAAGCAAGCUACUGCUGUAGUAGCUCACGUGGUUGGCAGAAUUGAACAAAAAGCUGUCUCAAGUCCUGCUCUUAAGUUUCACAAACAUCUUGGUUUAACUGGAUUUUUAGCGUGUUCCUUUCUUGCCCCAUCCCUUCCUUCAGUAUUGAAUGGUGGGGAGUUGGUGUUAGUCUUUGCUGUUACUUUGAUUUCCUCCCCCUACCCAUGAAUUUAAAGUAUUAUGUAAAGUAACAUGGGACCAGCCACCACCUGACAAAAGGGGGGGGAGGGCAUGGGGUGGUGUUUUUAGUCUGUGUAGUGAUGUUUUAGAAACACUGGGGACUUCCUGUGGAGGAGCCUCUCUAAACUGGGUCCAGUGGAUUCAGGACUGUUAACAGGAUUUGCCCUUUCUUUCCCCCUCCCAGGCUGGUUUGUGAGGGGACCCCUGAAGGGGAGAGUCCUGGGUGAUGUGUGGGUGGGGUUUAUGAACUGUGAUUUGCACAGCUCCAUGUUCUAACUAAAUUAAAAAGCAGUAAAUGUAUGCUAUGAAAA